AUUCGAAGCCACCGCAACCAUGCUUUUCUUCAGCUUCUUCAAGACCCUGACAAACCAGACUGUCACCAUUGAGCUCAAGAACGACAUCCGCAUUCGUGGGAUCUUGAAGUCGGUCGACCAAUACCUGAACAUCAAGCUCGACGAUGUCGAAGUGCUGGACCUUGUUAAAUACCCUCACCUCUCAUCGGUGAAGAAUAUGUUCAUCCGAGGCAGUGUGGUGCGCUACGUGAUGUUGCCUCGGUCGGAGGUUGACGUGGGUCUGUUGGAGGAUGCUACACGGCGAGAGGCUUCCAACCAGGCCGGCAAAGCCCGCUAAACGACCUUGAACUCGACUUUACGAUAUACCACGCACCAAACUCUUCACUACCGUUGAAUCCACUAGAUGGUUUCCAAAAAA